AACUAUGAAAAAGGAAAAAGACAUGGAGAAAGAAGACCAAGAGACAUCAGCAGUGGAGCCGCUUAGCCCGAUUUCACAGUUGUUCCUUUCUCCGACUCUCUAUUGCGUCAUUAUUUUUACUUUAGGGUUUAAAACUAGAUGCAACCCAUCUUCCAUUGUUGAAGGUAUCAAGAACACAUGGAUCAAGUUCCCUCGCUUCUCUUGCAAAUUGGAGAUGAAGAAAAAUGGGAAAGCGGUUUGGGUUCCUACUACUUAUGAAGUAGAAGAUCAUGUUAUUGUUCCAGAUAUUGAUUAUUCCAACAUUGAAAAUCCUGAUCAAUUUAUAGAAGACUAUACUUCGAACAUAGCUAAUACUCCAAUGGACAUGUCCAAACCUUUAUGGGAAUUUCAUGUGCUGAAUAUUAAGACAUCGAAUGCAGAAUCUUUGUGUAUAGGAAAACUGCAUCAUUCACUCGGCGAUGGGAUGUCACUUAUGUCUCUUCUACUCGCUAUUUCACGAAAAACAUCAGACCCCGAAGCUCUUCCUACUACCGCGGCUACAAGAAAACAUGUUGAUUCCAAUGAUAAGGAUUGGUGGUUGGUUGGGAGAUUUUGGUUCAUGAUAAGAAUCAUUUUCACAACUGUUAUUGAAUUGUUCAAGUAUUGUCUUACACUAUGUUUUAUGCGGGAUACUAAAACUCCUCUCAAGGGUAAAACGGGAGAUAGAGUUCAAUCUAGAAAGGUUAUCCAUCGGAUAAUAAGCCUUGAUGACGUCAAGUUGGUGAAGAACACAAUGGAAAUGAAAGUAAAUGAUGUUCUCCUUGGAAUGACACAGGCUGGUCUCUCAAGAUAUUUGAGCCGAAAAUAUGGUAUUGUCAUUUUUCCUUUAUGGAUAAGAUCUGAGGAUGAUCCGUUGGAAUACGUCCAACGAGCCAAAUCUACUAUGGAUAUCAAAAAACUCUCCAUGGAAUCACUUAUUUGCUAUGGACUCAUCAAAUUUGCCAUGAAAAUGUUCGGAGAAAAGGUAGUAGAAACUCUUGUUAAGAGAAUAUUUGACCAUACAACAUUGGCAUUUUCAAAUGUGAUGGGUCCAGACGAAGAAACAAGUUUUUUUGGUCAUCCAAUGUCUUACGUAGCAGCAAGUGCAUUGGGUGGAUCACAAGCUCUUAUUAUCCAUUUCGUCAGCUACGUAAACAAGAUCAUCAUCAAUCUCGCAGUAGACACAUCAGUGAUUCCAGACCCUCAUCUACUAUGUGAUGAUUUGGUAGAAUCGCUCAAUAUCAUCAAACUUGCUGCCUUGGAGAAAGGAGUUCAUAAAAUGGAGGUUUGAGACAUGUAUCCUAGAUAUACAAAAUGAAGCCAAGUAUGUUCGAAGAUAAACUUGCAAUUAUGUU